UUCUGUUGAAUGUUCCGCUUGUUUCUCGUCAUAAGUAACGGUUAGGUAAAAAAAGAUAUUGAAUACUGUGGUGUAGAUUUAACGCGUAAAAAGCGUGUCUAUCGUCGUUCAAAUCGAGAAUUUGAUUUUAUUUUCUGAAAUAAGAAGGGAAAACAAUUAUUCGUAAAGAAGCAUCGCAAAGCAGUGACAAGAAAAUCCGGACGAGUGGCGCGUCUGUGCAAACGGCUCUCUGGUCGUAUGACGUAAUUGUAUUGAUCGCGGAAGAAGAGCCGAAAGUCGCGCAUUCGCCAUCUUGGACGAAUUGUGGAAAAGAAGUAUCUGUGUCUCACAGGCGCGGUACACUUGUAACAGUUGUAAUCCGUGGCGAUCCGGAUAUUAAUUAGUUUAACUGGGAAUUAACCCUUUUGUGAAUUAGAUACCCAUUUGGACGGACCAAGACAAAAGGUUCGUUCUUUGGGUCUGAUUAGUACUAAAUGGUUGCCUGCAGACAGCAUGUCUACUCUGUCAGGGCUUGUGUCGAAGGGGGAGAAAGGAAAAUCCAAGUUCCAAUCAUUAGACAUCAAUAGUUUAUAUAGAGAGUGUAGGGGUGAAUCUUUGGAGCAACAGCAGCAAAAAAAUACAUUACCACGCAAACAUGGAAUGCAAAGUCUUGGAAAGGUGCCUUCGGCACGGCGACCUCCUGCCAAUCUGCCCAGUUUGAAAAGCGAAUAUAGUAGUAGCGAUCCAGCUGUCAGUCUUGUACCAAGCGGAGGAAGUGGUUGGGCUACUACCAAAGAUACAACAACAACAACCACUACCAUCACAACUACCACAACUACAACUUCAUCAGAAACGACCACUUCAAAUUCUUCACCGGCACAAUGUGUAGCAGGGACUACUGCAACAUCAUCGCUGCAUCCUCUACUGCCAGGACAACAAAGCAUUUCUCAACCUUCGUACAGUUCCGACGCAAAUAUCAAAUCAUCAUGGAGUGCAAUAAUGAGCAGAUCAGGAGAUGGCGGUGUACCGGCAGGUCAGCAACAUAUUCAACAGCAGCAGUCUACAAAUCGGGAAUUAAGUGCUCAAUACGGUCCCGGGCCAAGUUUACGUCCACAAACGGAAGGAAGUUGGAUACAAGGUGGAAGUCGUACAGCCAGUGGUGCAGGGUUGGGAACAGCUGGUCCCGGCACUGGGACCACUUCGGGGGUCCAGGGCCCCCCUUUGAAUACGACUGGAUCGGGAGGACAUGCCGACGCAUCUGGCGGACGACAGAACUUGGUCCAGUCUCCCAACAUGGGCAUGGCCCAGGGAGGCCCUCAUAACGCUCCGAACAGUCAGAGCGCUCUAAAUUCUGGCUCUCAUCAAAUUGGCCCAAAUUUACACCACUAUAGAGGACUUAUCCCUCCGUUUAUGUACCGAGGAAACUUUCCUGGAGGAUUUCCCUCACAGUUUCCAUCGAAUACCGGUCCUAACGGACCUAGACCACGAUUUAAUUAUUCCGCGGAACGAUUCCCUGCCCCGCCACCCCCGCGUCAACAAGAACGCGAACGUGUUCCCGAGGAAGAAAUCGUUACCCGACCAAUUAUCAAAGAGGAAGAUCUUACUCGAAUGGACGAUAUUUCCCGCGAUGCCGGUUGGGCAGAACAAGAUGACAUCGAUUAUAACAAAAAACUUACUUUUAGCGAUGACGAAACAGAUUCCGAACCACUGAAGAAAGACGAGAAAAAAGAUAAUACGGAGGAGAAAGCCGAAGAAAAUUUAACGGAAGAUAGAGAUAACAAAACUCGAGAAAAUCGUGAUAUUCACGACAAUCGCGAGUCGAAGGAAACCAGAGACCAACCAGUUCAUCGUUCAUGGACUCACAGCUCUUUGCCACGUGAUUAUCGUGGAUCCAAUGGAUCUGGUAGCUACAAUAGCAACCAGUCACAAUUACAUUUGGUACAUUCUUUGAGAGGCGUUGAAGACGACGAAGGAUGGAACGAGAAACGACGAGUGGUGAGAGUCGAGAUGGCAUCCGUUACUGAGCGUGCUCAGCAACGUAAAGAGGAAGUGGAGAAAUUGUACGAAGAAUCGAGUAGACAGGCUGCAGCUAAGAAACAACAAGAUGUCGAGCAAAAAUUGAAAGAAAAACAGUCGAUUGAACCGAAGAGUUUAAUAAGUGUUCCACCUGUGCCAAUCCCGGUACCGGAAUGGGAACGCGAGAGGGAGAAUAGAGAUCGAGAACGGUCUUGUGCCGGAUCUGCCGAGGGGAAAGGUGGAGAUGACAAGCCUUUGGUCCGCGAAUCUCGCGAAAAUAGAGAUGCUCCGAAGUAUAGCAGAGACUCGCGCGACCAGCUGCUAUCCGAUUUCCGACAAAUCGAUCGACAAACUUUCAUGAGACAAGACGGUGCGCGCAGUGAACGGGAUAGAGAUCGCGAACGUGACCGGGAUCGGGACCGUGAUCGCGAACGCGACCGUGAUCGUGAUCGUGAACGCGAUCGCGACCGUGACCGUGAUCGCGAUCAAAGGGACACGAGAGAUCGCGAACACUUGCCGUCGUUUUCCCGUUCUUUUCAAUGUAAUUUACCACCGCGAUUUCAAAAGCAACAAGCUGAGAGAAGCAACGCUGGAUUUAAUCGUAUUUCACCGAGCACCGAGAGAGCAUCUCUCCAGACUGUCUCGUUUUCCGGACAAUACGACUCCAGCAGAUGGCUUCACACUCAGAGUUCGCUAAUAGAUAACAACUUGAAGCAGUCUCACGGUACUGUUCCGCCUCAUCGUCGAAGCAGAACUGACUCCGAAAUCUCUGUGUCGAUGGAGGACGAGCGACCUCCGUCCCGAGAUUAUCGAAGUUCAUUCUUACGGGAGGAUCGGUAUCGUAAUUCCUCGCAUCGGCCUUACGAUGUCCGCAAACCAGGCGGCUACAGUGACGAGUACAACCGCAAUUACAGAGAUCACGAUUACGAGGACAAACAUUCUCGUGACUCCUGGGAACGUGAUAGAUACUACGACGACAACAAAACUCGGGAGUCGAAGGAUACCUUGGAAUCGAGAGACGAUCGAGAAAACCGAGAUGCACGCGAUGUUCGAGCGACCAGAGACAUAAGGGAAACUCGCGAACGAGACACCAAGCUGAAAAAGGAUUACGAUAAUUACUUGAAGGAUUCUUUUGAGGACCGUGAUCGCGACCGUGAUCGAGAACGCGAACGAGAUCGUGAUCGUGACCGUGAUCGUGACCGCGACCAUGAACGUGAACGCGACCGAGAUCGGGACCGUGAUCGCGAUCGCGAUCGCGACCGUGACCGUGACCGUGAACGCGACCGUGAACGCGAUCGUGAUCGCGAUCGUGAUCGUGAUCGUGAUCGCGACCGUGAUCGUGACCGCGAUCGUGAGCGCGACCGUGAACGCGAUCGUGAGCGCGACCGUGACCGUGAACGCAAUCGUGACCAUCGUGAUCGCGAUCGUGACCGCGACAGGGAACGCGACCGCGACCAAAGAGAACGAUCGGAGAGUGUCGAAUGGCGAGAGGAACGUAUACAAGAUACUAGGUCGAUGGAUAAUCGUCGCGACACACAGCGGGACGAGCGAGUGGAACGCAACGAGCGGCCACAAAGACCGGAUUCUCGCGACAGUCGCACUUCCAGAGAAUCGAAGACGUCUCUGCGCGAGGAUGAUUCGCACAAGUUGCGCGAUUGCGGUUCUUGGGCGAACGAGGUUGCUGAUUACGAAGAAAGCAAGCGUGACACGUAUCACGAGGACAACCGAGAAAGAGAACGAGAAAGAAGACAGCCUCUUGGACCGGUGACCAAAGAGAGAAUUGAGGCGGAUGAACUGAAAGGCGAAAAACGUAAUUUAAUUCAAUUGAAACGAGCGAGUUCUGAGCACGAUAAAAAAGAUCCGGCUAAAGAAUCGGUCAUUGAGACGAAGAAGGAUGCGGACGUUUGGAGCUGGAAAGUAGAUCGAAUAAACGACAGCAAUCGAACGAUGGAAAGAGGUGACAAUUCUCCAAAGGCGUGGGCCGAUGCUGUUUCGCCAACGUUCGAGAAGGAAGAAGAGAAAAGUUUGGAAAGCAUCAAAAACGAUAAAGAAACCGAUGAGCUGAAGCAGAAUUUGGAGAAGUUGAACUUGGAGAAAAGAGGAGAAGGUGUUCUGAACGAGGAUGCUAUGUCGGAACAGCAGGGAAAGGAAGAGAAGCGAGACAAGAGUAUUCGAAAUCGAACCAGCAGCGGUGGAUCGAAUUCUAGAGCCCGCGAGUCUCGAGGAGGCCGUCAGUGGGCUGCUACGUAUGGCACGUCGUACGCUAGAGGAGGUUGGCGCAGCUCAGAGUCUAGAGGACGAAGAGGUGUGCACAGAACCAGUGGCAGACCAGCUUCUGCUAGAAGCGGUUCUUACGGACACACUGACUCGGAAAACAGCGGGGACGAGGUAUCUUGCUCAACUGAGUCGGGAAAAGAGGAAAAGAAAUCUGCCAGAUCGCCAAAGCCUAAUCAAAACGUAGAAAAGGAGGACCGUAAUCGAGAAGUCUCCAACCGAGACGAGAAGCGAGCCGAUUACACGCCGUCACAGUCGCAGACGCAGGCCCAGUCGCAGUCCCAAUCGCAGUCGCAAACGCAGCCGCCAUCGCAGUCCCAACCGCAAUCGCAACGAAGCGAGAAACGAGCCUACGAUGGUAGCAAAACGAGCCACGAAGGAUUUGCUCCUUCCGGAGAACCUUCUCGUCACGGUCGGGGUGGCGUGCGAAUGCGAAGCGCUACCAGCACCGGAAAUCGCAUGGAAGGAUACGGACCGCCCUCUAGUAAGAGUCCUUUUUCUUGCGAACGGACCGCUGAGGAGAAGCGGCAAGAAUCGUCGGGCUCGAUGCGCCAGAAUCCAGCCUUGUCGACACCUAUCUCCGAGAAAGAACCGAUCACCCUCACGUGCUUACAACUAGAGUCUACCGACGACAAAAUCAUUGCAAAACAACAAGCGCUCACCGCAGGGAUCACCGGGAAACGUACUAAGUCUCCUAUUCAGCAAUCCCAGCAGCACCAACAAGCCCAGCAGCCUUGCAACAAGCAGGACAUCAAUCACACGAGCAGCAAUGCCGUCUCUCAAAAGGUACAUGGUCGCAAGGAGGAAUCAUCGCGUUCGAAAAGAACUCGCAGCGCUAGUAGAAGGGGCAGAGACAAUCGGGAGUCCCGAUAUCGUGGAAGCAGCAGCAACGUGUCGAAGCAAAAUUCGUCAGAUAUUGGAAACGAAGAGUGGGAGUCGACUUCUGACAACAGCGAGGAACACGUGGAAGAGCACAAAGAGGUGCGAAACAGCCGCAAGCAGUUCGGCACGCGUACAAACUCUGGUGGCAGCCAGAACACUGUGGGAUCGAACAUGGGACAUUCCCGCAGAAACGAGCAGACAGACAGAACUUCGGGCAAUCAGCGGGAUCAACGAAAUCAGCGAGAGAAACCUGCAAAGUCUUCCAAUUCAACAUCCCGUGCUCCUGGUGCGGAGAAACGAAACCUGCAGAAUUUGGGUUUCGCCAAUCAGAAGAAUCAUGCCAGCACCAUUCCGCCUCUGAUGCAGUCCGCUCAAGUGCAGAACGGAAGAUCGAGGAGUCAGACUUCCGGAGGUAACGCGACGAUUUUAAACAAGUCGACCGCGAAGGAUACCACGGUGAAUCGUAUAGACGAAAUCAAAUUGACUGAUCCAAACUUAGUGAACCAAGCUCUGAACGAUAUGAAUAAAAAAUCCCAGACUAAAGAGAAGAAGAUAACGGUAGACUACGAAAUGGAGUCCGGUAAUUAUACCGAGGACGGGUCGAACGUAACAGAAAAGAAAGUUGAUUCCGAUGGUUUCCAGGAGGUUCGUUCCAAGAAGAACGUCAAGGAGUCCAGACACGGGCAAAAGGAGGAAACGAAGCCGCUGAAACGUGAAAAGGAGAAAGACAGGGAGCGGGAUCGUUCAAAGUCUAAGGCGAACGGAGGUGGUUCGCAGACCGCUUCGUUGCAACAGGUCCAGAAUAUACCGACUCCGUUGAGCCAAACCAUUCCACAACCAGCGAAUAUGCUACCAAAACAGCAUGAUAGAACACGGGGACCGAGGCUCGCUCCUCGAUUCCAGCGGUUGCAAAAGCAACAACAGCAACAGAUGUGCACAUCGGAGCUGAAUGAUUCGAAUAAACAAAGCAACUCUAGCAACGCGUACAGCAGCAGUAAGGAUUCGUCGUCGAGCGGACCCGCGCCGCCGCCUUCUGUCAACGCUUGGGACAAACCAUUCACUACCAGUCAGCUGCGUUCGACUUCGCCGUCCGCUGUUUCUGCCGAUCUUCCAUUAAUGGCCGGCAUGUCGACGCAAAACGAUCACGGACACGUUCAUGGCCACGGUCAUGAGAUCAAUGAACAAACGAAUUCUGGCAACAGUAGCCAACGAAACUCCCCGAAUGGUGAGAAACCCGGCAGCUGCGGCGCCGGAGCUGGUAGUGGCAGCAGCGGAAGCGGAAGUGGAGCUGGCAAAAUUUUGAAGGAACAACAUUCUGAGAAAAACUCUGUCUCCGAUGUUUCUUCACCACCUGUACAGACUUUAAUCUUCGAGAACACUAAUUACUCGAAGACCACCAAAGCCGCACCCUCCGAUCUCGCCGUUAAAACGAAGUUUCCAAAUCACAUUAAGAACCAACAACAACAGCAGCGCGUCGAGAAACGUGCGGAAUUGGACGAGGAAAGCAGCGGCGGGAGCGCUCCUGGGUUACAGCAACAGCAACAACAGAGCCUCCCUGUUGCGUUUUCAAAUAAACCAAGCGAUCUGAUGAAAGACAAGAAUCAGGAGCCAAUUCAGAUGCCGUUGUCUUUCAACAAAAACGAAGACAAUGCCGAUAUGAAGUUGGACUUCACGUUCGAUUCGGACCUCUCUCAAUUGACGGAAGACAAAAACAAGAGCUUGGGAAUGGCGCGAUCCAUGCAUAUGGCCACCGGUCAAAGCACUAUCUCGCCCUCUACCGCCGAGCUUAAUCUGAAGAUUGCAUCGGUGAAGAAAGUUUGGGAAAACGCACCGCCGAUGCCAACAGUGGUCGAGCACGAGGAUGGGAACGUUGUCAGUAGCGCAAACACUUUUCCUCAAGCAUUCGAAAGUGCGGACGUCGACGAUAGCUACAGUCCGCACCAACAAUACAAUCAAAAUAACAUGAAAAGUGAAAUAACCACUUCCACGAACGUGUGCAAGCUGGUUCCCCCGCAGGUGAAGCCGCAGCAACAGUCUUCGGGAAGCAACAGCGGUCAAUCAGGUUCAACAGUUCCCGGACCAAGCCCGAUCGGAGCGGGUCAGAGUCCAAUCGGUCAUCCACCGGUCAGUCUUCAAGGACCUUUGAGCCCACCUCCGUUCAAUUCCACGGGACAACCGUCUCACAUAAACUAUCAGGAAUUUCCUCAAUACCCGGCCUCUCAAGCCGCGCAAUACGGUAGUAUGUCUGCGAUACCCUCCCCACCAGCCGUGCUGUUUAACACAGGUUCUGGUCAACUUCCGGCUCAAGCAGGAGGUCUUUACGGAACGUUUCAAUUAGAUCAAAGCCGAUCUCCUUUCAAUCAGUAUCCGCAGUACGCACCAUCCUUACAAAAUUCGUUUAGCCAGCAGAAUCUCUAUCUACAGCAACCUCCGCCACCGCCUCCGCACGCGCCAAACGCGCCUACCCCGGAGAUGUAUCAGAGCAAUCUCUCCCAGUUUCGUAUUACCGCAGCUGCUGCGCCACCCUUUGGACAAAACCAACAGCUUAGUAAUAAUCCAAAUACGGUUCUCAUCAGCUCUUCCUCGAAUUCUUUGAUGUCGGCGAGCGUGAAGCCAUCUUCGCAACCUAUCGGUGCUAUUGGAACAAAGGCGCCGCAUUUUCAAGCACCGUCUGCUCCGCAACCAAAUCCAUUGACGUAUAUACCGUAUGAUCCAAACCAAGUACUGGGGGUGGGCGGUAGUUAUAUGGGCAACUCUCAAUUGGUACAGAGACCCGGGCCGAACGUACAAGCUUCAGCCAAUAGUUACUACAGCGCCACUUCGGCUGAUGUGUUUACCGGCUCACAAACAGGUUUUUAUCAACCUGGGGGCGCUACCCAACAAACUGGCACUCAUUACGGACUCCAAGGAUUCGGUCAACAUAGCCAGAAUUUGGCAACCGGCAGUGCCACACCGGUUGGAUUACAAAAUUUCAGCUCUGGCUUUUUAUCUAGUUCCGGUUUACAGAUUGCUGCAGCCGCGGCUGCUCAGCAAUUUCGUAAUCCUACAGGAGGACUUCCAGGACCAGCGAACGCUGGUCCUACGUUUCUCAGCAAACAUCAGCCACAGGAGCAACCUAGGCAAUUGAAGAGUCCUUCAGGAAAUCAACAAGAUGUUCUUGCAUCGGUUUUCAGUUCUACACCACAAAUACCAUCUCCCAAAUCAAGAAAUUGUAAACAACAAUCUUCGUCUCAACAGCCUCAACCAAGUCCUACACAGCAUCACAAGUAUCAGCAGUAUCAAGGCGUUAGUCAAUCUGCUUUGGUAAGCAGUUACAAUAACUACGUUUUGCAGCAAAAUGUACGCGGUAUGGGGAUGCCACCACGUCCUGGUAUUCAACCUUCGCAGCAAAGAUAUCCUCCACCGAUUCAGAGACCGGUUGUUCCAUUCACACCGGGUCCAAAUCCAAAUAAUCCCACUCAACAGCAACCGAAUUGCAUGCCAUCGCAGCAACAACAGCAACAACCGCCACAAACUCAAAUCAAUCGUCACAGACCAAAUAUGCAUCAACAACAACAACAGCAACAACGUAACAUGAAAAUGCAACAACAAUACUAUUCUACGCAAGGAAAUGUGAAAAUGGAUACAACCGAGAAAACUGAUUCUCACAAUGAUAAGAUCAACGACAAUGGAUCCGCUGCACAACAAGGAAGCACCAAGGCAAACGUCAAUCAACAGGACAAUGACAAUAAAGAAGAAGUGAACCAACAAAAUGAGUGAAUGUGAAAGAAAAACCGUUCCGUUCAUUCUAUCGCUUGAAAAGAAAUACUGUUUACGAUUACGAUUCGAAAGGUAAAUUAUAAUGAUUAAGUUGUUUUUGUACAUGGAAAAGACUCCAAAUGACAUUGUAUUUGCCAUUUUAAAGAAGCUCAUGAGCUCUCGGGAGACGUAUUCGAUACUUGGCUAUACUGGUAUAUGUAUCUAGUUAGAAUUACUUAACCUUGGCGCAUUGAAGAAAAGAAACAUAGGUGAUAUCGUCAUUGUACACGUCAACGCUUCUCCGAAUUAAUUAUAACGAAGUUGCGUUUCAUAAAUUCUACGAACAAAUCACGUUAUCGAACAUUCCCUUUUGUUCGAGAAAAUAAUAGUGCGUACUAAGUACACAACGCUGCAAUGAACGUUAGAAGUAUGAGGGAAAAACGAAACUAGUUCAAGGAAAUAAAUCCAAUCGAUACAUUAAAGACAAACCAAGCUUGUCUGAACGAAAACGAAAACUUUCUACGGAUUACUGUACGAAAGAAAGGAACUCCGUAAUGCGCGUUGCUCGAUUUAAUGGGAAGCAAAAGUUAGGAACGCAUCACAGCUGGACUGGUACGCACAACGUAUCACUUCUUGGUGUUAAUCAACCACCCUACCAAUUAAUUGCAUUGAAUAUGAACAUUAUAAAUGUGCACAAGACUCGUAUUUCUGUAUAUGGACACGACGGCGGUCUGUGGUAUACGAUAAUGUAAAAGCCAAUUAUCCGGAAAUUUAGUUCGACAAAGAUAUAGCACGACCGUUGCUACAAUACAUUUUCUAGAGCACCAUUCAAAUGGGGGAAAGAACAACAAACGUCGGUAAAGAAGACUGUUUUAUGUAUAUCGAAAUUUCAAAUUACCUAUGCGAUGGUCGUAUAGAUCUGCAUGACGUUGUCCCUAAUACAGUGUGACAAGUAAAAAGUUCGUGUACAUUAAUCGUUUAUUAAUAUAAUGUGCGGUCAUGACGAAGCUUGUGAAAAAUAAAUAGUGCAACAAUUGUUUAUAGUUA